CUUGACAGCUGCGUCGGCGAUUGUGAUUUGCAAUUUUUGUAGUUUGGGAAUACAUUAAACAUUAAAUUUGGAAUUACUCGGCACUGAGCGCAGAUUCGAACGCAGUUGCGAUGUCCAACCCACAGGCGAAUGUCACCGCUUACCUGGCGGCCCAGAAGAAGACCACAAACAAAGAUCUCGCGGCCGAGUGGACGCUGAUCGAGGAGCUCUACAAUGAGAAACUCUGGAACGAGCUGACCAUCAAACUGGUGGCCUUCGUGCGCCACGAGUCGCUGCAGGACGAAACGGCGCUGCUGCAGCUCUACCAGAACUUCCUGUCCACCUUCGAGACCAAAAUCAAUCCCUACGGGCUCAUCCAGAUCCUCGAGGUGGUGGUGGACAACAUAGGCGACAAGAAGGAGGCCAUCGACUUCCUGGAGAAGAUGAAGGACAAGGUGAAGAUCUGCGACGAGGCCGUUUGGUAUCUGCAGGUUAUGCAGGGCAAUCUGUAUCUCAGCAACCUCAACGAUCUGAAUGCCACCAAGAAGAUCAUCGAGGAGCUGCGCGAUGUCCUGGAGGAGGCGGGCAACGUGACCCCCGUCCACGGCAAGUACUACAUGCUGGCCUCCCAGUAUUAUCGCCGGGUGGGCAAACACAGCGACUACUACCGAUGCGGCCUGCAGUUCCUCGGUUGCUCCCUGGACGACUAUCCCCGCGACCAGUGGGCCCAGCAGGCCUUCUUUCUGGGUCUGGCCGCCCUUCUGGGCGACGGUGUCUACAAUAUAGGCGAACUGCUGGCGCAUCCCAUCCUGGAGUCCCUGAAGGGCACGGAAAAUGAGUGGUUAAUGGAGCUGCUCAAAGCCUUCAACACGGGCGACAUUAACAAAUUCAACGACAUGAAGAAAAUCUGGUCCAAGAUCCCCGACCUGGCCGCCCAGGAGGUCAAGCUGCGCCAGAAGAUCUCCCUGCUCUGCCUCAUGGAGAUGACCUUCAAGCGCACCGCCAUCGAGCGCGCCAUCUCCUUCACCGACAUCGCCCAAGAGACCAAACUGCCCGCCAAGGAAGUGGAGCUGCUCAUCAUGAAGGCUCUGGCCUUGGAUCUCGUGCGCGGUGAGAUUGACCAGGUGGCCGGAGUGGUGAACAUGUCGUGGGUGCAGCCACGCGUCCUCAACCGCAACCAGAUCGUAGGCAUGGCCAGCACUCUGGACACCUGGAUGGGCGCCAUCACGAAUAUGGAGAAGCUGAUGGAGAAUCGUGCCGCCGAAAUUCUCACCAAUUAG